AUGGCGUUCCCGUUGACCAUGCCGGAGAACAGAGAGUUGACGGGCGGGGAUCUCCUUGCUCAGUCAUUGAAGAAGCUUGGAACUGAGGUGGCGUUCGGGUUGCACGGCGGUCAUCUCGAUGCCUUCCUUCUCGGGUGCGAAAGCAUUGGCAUCCGCCUCGUCGACACGCGGCACGAGACGGUGGCGGUGCAGGCGGCCGAGAGCUACUCCAAAAUGACGGGCAAGACGGGCAUCUGUUUCGUCACUGCAAACAGCGGAUUUUCGAAUGGUCUCCCCGGCCUAGCCACGGCUUUUGCGGACAGAAGCCCCAUCCUGUGCAUCACUUCGUCCGUGCCGCUUCGGGACCAGGAAAACAACUCGUUGCAGGGCCAAAUCGACCAAGUCGUCGUAGCCAGGACCAUGACCAAGUUCGCCCACCGCGUGACGAGCGCCGAAGACUUGCCCCGCCUCGUCGCCCACGCCGUCCACAUCUCCGCGUCAGGAGCACCAGGCCCCGUCCUCCUCGACGUCCCCAUCGACGUCCUCUUCACCCCCAUCACCAUCCCCCUCAUCUCCUGGGGCUCCAUCAGCAGCCCCCUCCCGCACCUCCCGGGCCCGCACCCCGCCGCCAUCGCCUCCGCCGCCGCCAUCCUCCGCUCCGCCAAACGCCCCGCCCUCAUCCUCGGCACGGGCGCCUUCGCCGCCGGCCCCUCCUCGACCGCCUCCGCCCUCUCCGCCUUCGCCUCGGCCGCCCCCUCGACCCCCAUCCUCACCACGGGCAAGUUCGCCCACCUCGCCCCGCUCCACCCUCUCCCCACCUUCGCCGGCCCCGCCUCCGCCCUCGCCGCCCUCCGCCACACCGGCCGCCCGGGCCCGGACUGCGUCGUCCUCGCCGGCGCCCGCACCGGCAUGUACCUCGGCGGCCGCACCGGCGCCAUCGUGCCCAACGAUAACUGCCCGCUCAUCCACAUCGACACCGACGCCACCGAGCUCGGCCGCACCGCCCCCGUCGCCGUGGCCAUCGUGUCCGACGCCGCCGCCGCACUGUCCGCGCUGGCCGCCGCCCUGAAAAGCGACUCCACCACCAAGGACGCCCCCGCCCCCGACCCCACCUGGCUCCCCACCCUCCGCUCCCUCCACGCCGCGCCCUCCCCCUUCGCCGCCGCCCCGUCAACCGUCCCACAAACCAAUGCUCUGCACCCGCACCACGCGCUAUCCGCCCUCUUCGCCGCGCUGCCCGCCGAGUCCCGGCCCGUCGUGGUCCUCGACGGCGGCGAGGCCGCGCUGUGGGCGGGGGCGAUCGCCGAACAGUGCCGGCCCCGCGCGCUGAUGUCAUCGACAGGGUAUCUGGGGUUUCUGGGCAACGGGUUCGGGUAUGCGUUGGGGUGUGGGGUUGCGGUUGGGAUGGAGGGAGAGAGAGAGAAAGAAGAGGAGGCGCCGCUCGUGGUGCUGGUGACGGGGGAUGGCGCGGCGGGGUUCCAUUUCAUGGAGCUGGACUCGUUCGCGCGGCACGGGCUGCGGGUGCUGACGGUCGUGGUGAACAAUGCGUGUUGGGGGAUGAGUCGGAACGGGCAGGAUCUGGUGUUUGGCGGGAAGACGGCGGCGCGGCCGGCGAGCGGGCUGAGCGCGCGGCUGGACUUUGCGGUCGUGGCGAGGGGGUUGGGGUGUCUGGGGGAGAGGGCGGAGACGCUGGACGAGGUGCGGCCGAAGGUGGAGAGGCUGCUGGGUGGCGGUAAGGAUGGUGGCCGUGGCCGUGGGUUGCCGGGGUGUUUGGAUUUGAGGGUGAGUGCGAAGCCGACGCAUCCGGGGACUGAGGCCAUGGUGAGCAUGACGGAUGAUCCGAACGUGAUUGUUGUGCCGUAUUACGAUAACGUGCCGAGGCCGCAUUAUAAGCUCUGA